GCGUCGCUUUGCACUCACGCAAGCGCAUUGUGCACCUGAAACGCAGAAAGUGAAAAUCGCACAUCACGGUCAUGUUAGGGGCAGGGCGCAGUAUUGCAUUACUGUAGUGGUUGCGCUAAUUAGUGGCUCGCGGGACGAAACGGUCGCGCCAUCAGCGGCUCACGAGAAUGGCCGAUGCCUCAUCGGCAGCGGUCUCCAUCACUGCGCUAAACCUUGACGCGUCAGCCGAUUCGCCGGCUAGAGAUUCGAGGACGUGACAUCCCUCGAUCGACCGAGGGCUGCCGGCGCGAUGGCUUCGACGAUGCAACUCGAAUUCACCCAGGCGAUGACGGAUUUUAAAACCAUGUUCCCCGAUAUGGACGAUGAUGUGAUCGAGGCAGUGCUUCGAGCCAACCAGGGUGCCGUCGACGCGACCAUCGACCAGCUGCUGGCCAUGAGUACCGACAACCAGAACGAGCGGUUGCGCCUCGAGAUAGAGCGCGUGGAGAGCAGCUCGCCCUCUCGUCGCAGAGAUCGGCGAACCAAUAGACCGCUCCAGAACGGCGACGACAACGACACUACUGCACUUGUUGAUGUAGAAGAUGAAUCCGUGCCUCUGGCUGUGCGAAAAAGGUGGGUGCCACGAAUGCUAGGGCCUUUACCGCCCAUGUUCCUGCGAAUUCCCCCAAACACCGAUGCAAGAAUAGAUUUAAAUCUGGAAAUGGAUGACGACCGCAUCGCCACAUUCUUGCAAAAUGAGGAAUUCAUGGCUGAAUUGCGCUGGAACCAAGAGUUCAUCGCGGCGUUGGAUAGCGACCAGGGAAAUAAAACGAAAUGCCACGACGACGAAGCUGCGUUUAAAGAAAGACUGAAGAAUAUGGGCAAGUUGUCAAGGAAGAAAUUUGCGCAAUUGUCGCGAAUGUUCAGCCGGGGGGGUUCACGACGAAGCGGCAGCGCGCGGGCUCCGCCCCGUGGCCCGCCAGACAGUCUUCUAUUACAAGAGGAGCACAGUGACGAUGACGACAAAUCGCACACGCAAAACGUUAAAAUUUAAUCGUUCCACGCUAUGUCAUAUCGCGCUUCAAACAAGACUUACUAGACUAGACUAGGAGGGCCUUAUUUCAGAGCUGCACAAGCGAUCGCAUUACAAGACUGGGGAUAGAUAGAUAAGGUUGCAUUUGUUAUUGUUGCUUUGAUGAGAACGUAUUAUUUAAGGAAUUUGCUGUCCUAGACUUGAGAUAGAGGUUAGCCCAUUCGUUUGAUUAGAACGUCGAUUAAAAUCCUAAAUAUACCCUGACUACACCUUGACCGAUUACUUUUCUUUAACAUGCCCGAGGCCCAUGGCCUAUCAGCAAUGUGUUGUACAGUUUAAUUGCUGAUAGGCCUGUUACUUAGUUAGUCAUUUGUCAUUGUGUCAUUCAUUUGAGUCUAUAAACGUGAGAUGUGUUUAAUUAAUUCGUAAGAUCUCGUGACGUUAUAGAAGUUUCCCUCUUGAAAAUAAUGUUAUAAUAUAAACAUCUUUUGAUAUCUUUCUUUUGUUUUCGAAAAUAGACUAAUGUUACAAUUCCGUAUUUAUAUAUUAUUAUAUUAUAAAGAUAUCGAUUACGUGCAUUUGUGUUGUUGCAUUGUGUUAAAAAUUUGAUGGCGGGGCUUUAAAUUAAAUGUUUGGUCACAAGGUUAUUUUUGAUAAUGUAUGUACAGUUGUACACGCUAACCCUUGCAUAGAACCUAAAUGUUUCU